AAACCGGAAGUGAUGUGCGGCUGCAACCGGAUGUGCACUGAUGGCAGUAACGGGCCGAUGUUGGUGUCCGGCAGCGGGGUCGGUGUCGGGCUUUCUCUGCCAUUUGGGGACCAGCUGGGCGCGGGGGGCGAGCGGCCCCGGGCGCUGGCGGCUCUUCUCGGCCUCUGAGCUUCGCCAGGCUGCGGAGCCGCAAUCGAGAGCGGGAACCGGAGGGAAGCAGGAGGUGGCAGCCCAGAGCCCUCUCUCCCGACGAGUGCAGGAGUACAGACGCCUGUCCCGGGGUCUGCAAAGGGUCCACCCCAACGUGCUGGCCAAGGUACUGAGGAAGGGCGUUCUCUUUCACAACGAGGAGCUGGUGGCUGUCGACAAGCCCUAUGGGGUCCCAAUGCAAGCUCCCGGCACGGGCACCAGCGUGCGGGGCGUGCUCCCCAUCCUUCCGAAGAUGCUCUACGGGAUGAAGGCACAGCCGCUGCACCUCUGCCACUGGCUGGACAAGGACGCCAGCGGCGUGAUGAUCCUGGCCAGGGAGGAGGGCUCAGCGGAGGCGCUGCGACACCACUUCAGGAGCCACCGCGUCACCAAGAAGUACUGGGUAAUUACUGUUGGGAUUCCAGUCCCAUCUGAAGGAGUUAUCGAUAUUCCCAUCAUCGAGAGGGAAGUCAGCAGCCCAAGGAAGCACUUCAAGAUGGCCCUGGCUCCUCUGUAUCGUGUUGGCGAUGUGGAGGGAACCAUGCUGAGGGUGCGUCAGAAUCGUGCUGCUAGCAGCGCUGUGACACGCUACCGCGUGCUGGGAAGCUCCGGAUGCACCGCCUUGGUGGAGUUGCAGCCAAUCACAGGUAUGAAGCACCAAGCCCGGGUGCACCUUGCUCUGGGGCUGGGCUGCCCCAUUCUCGGAGACCACAAGUAUUCAAAAUGGAACAGCCUCGAGCCUCAGAAGUUACCGGAAGGCGUGCUGAGGCGUCUCGGCUUGACCCAGCCCAAGUCCCGGCACCUGCCGCUCCACCUCCACGGCCGGGAGGUGAGCAUCCCGGGGUCCACUGGCGAGGAGGAGGGGAGGGAGGAGGAGGGGGAGCCGAUGCUCACUGUCACCUGCAGACCCCCCCGGUACUUCCUGCACACCCUGAAGAAGCUGAGGAUCCUGUGGCCAGAGACCGAGCGGCUGACCCGCGGACAGGGGCCGAGUGACCCUGGCAGGCGACCCUGUGACCUGCGCCGCCAAGCGCUCGGUUGGGGGAAGAAGAGAGGACUUUUGUUGCAGGACGGUAAAGCUUCAGCGGGAGGGGAGGGGAGGGGAGGGGAGGGGAGCCAAAGCCAAGGGGCUGAAGACGACGACACUGCCCCCAACCUGCGCGUGUGAGUGCUGACCCGAGAUUCACUG